AUGGCACAACCACGGGAUGCAGAAGAACAGCGAAUAAAUAGGAUCUUCGGUUCCUAUCUCUACAUCUUCCCCUCUCUUCUCGUCUUCACCGGCAUAGUCCGCACCCUCUACACCGCCUACCGCAGCCACCACCUCCCGCGCACCGAUCCCGAAUCGCGCACCCCCAACCGCCGCGUCUACCCCCCCAGCGCACUCUCCAGCCUGUUCUCGCGCUACAUCAAAUACCCUGCGCUCUUUGGCAACCGCCAUUCGCAGCCCAUCGGCUGGUACACGUUCCCGACAAGGCUCGAGGCCCUGCUCGUCGGCAUAUACUGGUUUAUUAAUAUAUCCUUUCUAUUUGUCAAGCACGGCAACGCCGACAACGGUAUCGAUGGCUCAAAGAUUUUGGCGGACCGCGCGGGAGUGCUCUCGCUGUGGAAUAUGCCGAUCUUCUUCCUGCUGGCGGGGAGGAACGACUUUUUGGUGUGGUUGACGGGAUGGUCGUAUGGCACGUUUCAUGUGUUUCAUAAGUGGGUUGCGAGGGUGUCGGCGCUGAUGGGAAUGGUGCACUCGGUGGCGUAUGCGGUGUAUAUGUAUCAGAUUGGUGAUGAGGCGAGAAGAUGGAAUCCGGCGUAUUGGUGGAAUGGUGUUUCGGCUAUGAUAGUGAUGGGAUUGAUUCUCGUGCUGGCUAUAUUUCCGUUCCGGAAGAAGGCCUACGAGUUCUUCCUCAUAACGCAUAUCAUUGGAGUGAUGGUAUUUCUGAUAUUCCUCUACCACCACCUAAAGCUCUCCGCAACACGCAUGUACAAUCCGUGGCUCUGGGCCUGCAUUGCCAUGUGGGCCUUCGACCGCUUCACCCGCCUCCUCCGCAUCCUCAUCCUCAACUACGGCGCCUUCUCGCGCAACCCGCAGAACCACCACCUGGCCCGCGCAAAGUUCGUCAAAGGCACCGACGUCAUCCAGCUCACCGUCUACCCCUCUGCCGAGGACGUAAACUACUUCCCGGGCGCCCACUACUUUGUCUUCCUGACCGGUACCUGGCGCUUCUGGGAAUCGCACCCAUUCACCGCCGCUGCCUGGCGCCCGAGCGGACCAAUGAUGCCUGCAUAUAACGCGGCCGACAUCCACAAGAUCAAGCGCAGCUUGUCAGGCUCGCUGAAGAACUCAGGCCGCGAGCUGGAGAUCAAGUGCCUGAUCGAGGGUGCAUACGGCGUUAACCACCCGCUGCACCUGUACGAGACGGUAGUGCUGAUCGCCGGCGGUGUCGGCAUCACGACAAUCCUGCCGUAUCUGUGCGACUACAUGGAGCGGGCGCGCGGGUCGGAGCGGCGGACGAUGACGCAGCGGUUGGUGUUCCUGUGGACGGCGAAGGAGGAGGAGCUGGUGGAGAACCUGGUCUCGAAGCGGUUCCCGAGAGGGUGCCUCACGAGACGGGAUAUCAGCAUGCAGCUCUACGUCACAAAGAUGAAGCCGGGGCAGACGGAAUUCCUGCCGGGCGUGAAGUAUAAGAGGCCGGAUAUCGGCGAGAUAUUGAGGGCGGAGCAGGCGAGGCUGGUGGGGAAGAUGUCGAUUCUGUCGUGUGGGCCGUCGGUGCUGGUGGAUAUCGUGAGGACGGCGGUGGUGGACUGUCUGGAUAAGGAUAGGAAGCAUAUCGAGUACUUUGAGGAGAGUUACUGA